CGCCGCCGCCGCCGCUGCGGGCAGAGGGAGGCGCGCGGCAGCUCCUGGAAGCAGCCCACCGCGCUCCAGGCGAGUGGCGGCUCCUCGGCUCGAGCCAUGGCCGGGGACAGUGAGCAGACCCUGCAGAGCCACCAGCAGCCCAGCGGCGGCGAGCCCUUCCUGAUCGGAGUCAGCGGCGGCACGGCCAGCGGCAAGUCUUCGGUUUGUGCCAAGAUCGUGCAGCUCCUGGGGCAGAACGAGGUGGACUACCACCAGAAGCAGGUGGUCAUCCUGAGCCAGGACAGCUUCUACCGUGUCCUUACGUCGGAGCAGAAGGCCAAAGCCCUGAAGGGACAGUUCAAUUUUGAUCACCCAGAUGCCUUUGACAAUGAACUCAUUUUGAAGACUCUCAAAGAAAUCACUGAAGGGAAAACAGUCCAGAUUCCCGUGUAUGACUUCGUCUCCCAUUCUCGGAAAGAGGAGACGGUCACUGUCUAUCCCGCGGAUGUGGUGCUCUUCGAAGGGAUCCUGGCCUUCUAUUCCCAGGAGGUUCGAGACCUGUUCCAGAUGAAACUUUUUGUGGAUACAGAUGCAGACACCCGGCUCUCCCGAAGAGUACUGAGGGACAUCAGCGAAAGAGGGAGGGACCUUGAACAGAUUUUGUCUCAGUAUAUCACGUUCGUCAAGCCUGCCUUUGAGGAAUUCUGCUUGCCAACCAAGAAGUAUGCCGAUGUGAUAAUUCCUAGAGGUGCAGACAACCUCGUGGCCAUCAACCUCAUCGUGCAGCACAUCCAGGACAUCCUCAACGGAGGGCCUUCCAAGCGGCAGACCAAUGGCUGCCUCAACGGCUACACCCCUUCACGCAAGAGGCAGCCAUCCGAGUCCAGCAGCCGGCCGCAUUGACCCUGGUUCUGCAGACCUGCCCGCCUCCGAGACACCGCUCACCUGUACACACCGUCUCCUCUGACAUCGCUGUAUUUAGGAAAACACCUUGGGGAUGAAAUGCCUUUGAUUAUUUUCUUUUUCCUGUUUAUACUUCGGAACGGCGAAAUCCAACAGAACUUGACCUGAGCUUAAGCAAAAAACCGUGCCAACGUCUCCUGGUGAUGCCUGAUUAUGAAUCCAACGUGUAACCAAUUAUAAAUACAUACAUAGAGAGAGAUAUAUAUAAAAGGAUCUAUUUUUGUGUAAAUGUACAAAUACUGUACAGCUCUUUGCCGUAAGUAUUUUACAGGGGCCUGGCUUGUGUAUGUGGGGCCUGGAGCUGCAGCUGUGUUGUGGGGAGUGGGCCGGCUGAUGCCCCUUGGCUUGGCAUCCAGGAGCUCGGCAGGAGCGGGAUCGAAGCCUGAUGGCCUCCUGUGCGAUGCCCUUAGGAGGUGAAGCUUGGGUGCUUGAAGGAGGGACUUGUGUCCUCCUUUGUGUGAAUUAGUGAGCUCUCAACUUAGAAUCGGUCCCAGGGGAGGGGACAGAUCUGCAGAGGCUGCUGGCCCUGCCCCACCUCUGGUUGCUGGCCAGUUCUUUCUGGCCUCCCCAGGAAGCCAGAGCCACAGGGCUUGGUGGUCACUUCCAAGUGAUAAGUCGGGAGGGAGGGAGUGCAGUUGAGUCUCCGGCCUGUCUUCGAGGACGUGCUGGUUCUCAGGUGUGGCAUUCCUUGGCAUUUCUGUCUCUGCAAUGUCAUGCAGCCGAGCUCCCGGGCCCUGGGGAUGAGCUGCCCACAUGAGGGACUUUUGUUGGACGUGAUGGGGGGGAUAUGCAGUGAGGGGGCUAGUGUGCCCAGGUCGGGGAUCUGGCCAGCCCUGGCAGGACAGGAGGGGGCUUCCUAGGCAGACUGCAGAGGAGGUGCUUUAAAGGAGCAUAUUUAAAUCAUGGCACGAAGCUGGAGUCCAGGUGGAGAGCACUGGGUGCUGAUCCCUUUCCCACGGGCAGCCUCUUGGUGGAGACCUUGUGGGGAGGAAGUGUGCAUUCUAACGCACUGGCAGGAGGCGGAGGAGCUGGGGGCCCCGCGGGAUCAGGUGGGUGUGAGUGAGGAGUCCGGUGCCCCAGUUUCCACCUGCAGAAGAGCCAGGGCUCGCCACACGGGGGCCACCCUGUUGGUGCUUGGCAGGCCAUCCCUCGGUCACCCCGCUGUGGCUGCCGAGCCGACAUGGCAGAGCCUUCUCCCUCUGCGGCUCUUGGCCUCUUGAGCCUUCAGGGCAGUCUGCCUCCUUACUCUAGCCACCCGCUUCCCUCUGGCUCCGCUCGCACUCCAUCGGCCCUCCAGUCUGGUUGCCAUCUGCUGCCCCCGAGGUCCCCAGGAGGCCAUGCAGGCUGGGAGGGAAGCUCGAGGGCUCCGCGUGGCUCUGAGGUGGGUCCUCAGCGAGUGGCUGCGCUGGAGAGUGCUUCAGGGCCAGAUUCGCCUCUCCACAGUCAUGGCUGGUGCAGGGUGGGUGGCAGGCUGGGUUAGCAUCCCGAGGAUGUGGCCCCCAGCCCUGCUGGGCCCGCCCAGGCUCAGUCGGAGCCCGUCCUGCAGGGAGCCUCAGCCUUCAGAGGCCAGCGCCCAGCAUGCUGACGUUACUUGACGCUCCCAGGUGCCAAACCAUUUAGUGCCUUGGCCAUGUAUCCCACUGCCCGAGGGCCGGUUCUCCUCCUCAGAGCCCUCACUUACUGAGCCGCUUCCUCAUCUACCUGUGGUGUUGGGACCAACCUCCAGGGUCUCUGAGCCACCCACUCCCAGCCUGGGCACAGUCAAGGGCUGCCCUGUCCCCUCAUGAAAUGAUCACAAGUCCUCACAGCUCGGCCAGAGGCCCUGGGCAGUGCUUGCUUGGGGUUGGACACACUGCCUGGGACAGGAGGGGGAUGGCAGGGGGAGGGUCCACCCUCUGUGGCAACCCAGCCUCCAGCCUCCUGUGUGUCGGAUUUGAGCUUCCUGUAAGACAAACCAGGUCUGGAUUUUUAAGUCUCUGGAUGUCCGAUACAACUGGAGAGUCAUUAGACCGCAGGCCUCAGGGUCUGUCCCCUGGCACUCUGGGCUGUGGUGGAGGAGGCAUGGGUGAGCAGAGCAGGCAGUGUCACAGGAGGAGGCAGUGUCACACGGGAGGCCGGGCCUCAUCCACACCAGUGCAGCUCCAGCUGGGCACGUUCCUUCCUGGGCAGCUGAGACUGGUGUAGGGAAGACAGGCAUCUGAGGAGGGCACGUGUUGUGGCCUCAGGUGUCCUUUGAUUUGGAGCGGGAAGGGAAGGCCCCAAGAGCAGCCAUAGGUCCCACAGAGGACCUACACAGACAGGCCAGGGAGGGGUGGGGAGUCCCUGGUUUUCCUGUCCCCAGGAAUCCAGACGUUCAGCGUUGGCCCCACUUAGCCAUCGUGGGCAGCCUGACUCCUGCUGCUCCUGGGCUGGGGACUGGGCUUGUUGCCGUGCCCAGGUAGGUUGCCAGUCCCCUGCCCUGGAGUCUCCCAGGUACCUGUCCCAGGUCUGGAUGUAGGAUACCCUUUUCUCAGGGGGAGCGGGCAAACAUACUUGGUGUCACAUUGAGAGAGUGCACAGGCCAGGAAAGGCACGUUUAAGAGCCCUGGAGCUCAGAGCCCCUUUAGGCUUCUGUCCCUGGGCGUCCCUCCUGUACUGGGUGUGGUGACUGGGUUAGGGUCAGGGUCUGCAGCUCUGGGGCAGCGAGUGGCUCAGAGACUUCAGCUUUCCUUCCCUUGGAGAUGCUUGCUUCCCCUUUAUUGUUGGUGGCCACAGAAAAUAUGUACUUUGCUGUAAAUAAAGACUGAAUGAAAAGACCCCA